AUGACCGAGUUACGGCCUGCAGGGUGGAGGGCUGGGGUUGACUUCUGUACCUAUCUCCGACUGGCAACCGGUCAGCCCAAGUACACGGUGAGCGCCCAAAAGUUGUGCGACUCAACUUAUUUUCAGCCUGUAACUGCUCUAACCGAGCCAACUGCCCUUCGGCAUCAGCUUACCGCCCUAGGCCCACUGAUCCGGCCACCUUGUGCCUCGGGGCUUCUCUAG